UGAAAAUGAAAAUUUUUUUGUUUGGGGUUCGGGCUUGGGAUUCUUUGCAUAUUGAGUUAUGAGUUUGUAGUUUUCGCUUAUCUUUGGAAAUAUAUAUUUUUUCCAGAUAACAGAGGAAAAGCAUCAUGGAGUUGUGCUCAAUAUAUACACCAUCUUAAACUGUAGUCUUGCUCACAUUGUUGUGGUAUGCAGUUACCUCAAAAAAAUUGGAUGGUAGUGGUUUUUGUGCAAUUUUUAAUUUUCAACCACUUUCCGAAAUGGUAGGACACGACCGCAUAAGAAAAAGGAAAGUUCCUGACCGAGUUUUAACUGUCGCAAAUAAUAAAUCCAGCAUUCAAGAUGUCAAUAGUGAAAAACAGGAAAUAUCACCUACAAGAGGUAGGGAUGAUGAUCAUCUUCUUGUCCAGAUUCCCAGAAAUAAGCAUGUUAACAAGAUCUUAAAGUCACUAUCGUCUAACAAAUCCUGUAAUAACCUGAAUCAUCCUCAACAAGAUCACACCUUACCUGAAACCAUCCCCACAGUUGGGUACAAUCUUAGGCCGAGAGCUUCAGGAAGAAUUCCAAAUAGACCUCCAGUCAGGUCGAAUAAGAGUAUGAUCAUUAAAGAUAAUACUGAAUUAGGUGACAAAGAUGCUACCAAAAUCGCUAGUGUUGGAAGAAGUCCUAGAAUGGCACCUUUCAUUAAGUCAAAUGUUUCUAAUAGAUCUUAUUUGAGUGACAUGAUACCGUUCACAUAUGUGGACGUGCCAGACAAAAGGUAUGAUAAUUAUAUACCAAUAAAUAUGAUGAUGUUGAAAAAUGGCUGUGAAGGUGCAAUAGACAGUUCAGAUGAUGAGAAUGAUGGUAGUCUUUCAAGUGGUGAACAGAAAAGUCCAACAAGUUCACAAAUUGGAGUUGAACUGGCUAAGAGUCCUUUGGGAAUACCUUCAUGCUCAACAGCAAGUUCACCUAUAAGUUCAAUGCUUGACGAAUAUGAUUUAACUACUGAGGAGGAAGAUCGAUUAUUGGAAGAGACUGACGAAGGAGACAAAGAAGAAGCAGCAAUACAGCGAAGCUGCUCUAAUGCAAAAACCACUGUAGGAACGCCCGAACAACAAUUCGACCGACAGUCGCCUAUUUUGGACGCACUUGAAGAACCUAAUGUUAAAGAUGUGUUCAAAUCCAAAGAUAUAAUUUUGAGAAGUGAUAAUAAUAUAACCAUAACAGCCUUUUCUUCACGCGACUUCAGGCGGCAGAGUGUGCCACAACCAAACUCUCGCAAACAAAGUCCGCCAAAAAUUCAGCAAAAACCAGUUAAAAAAAAAAUCAAAUAUGACUAUCUUCCAGAUGUUCCUAUAAAGAUGCUUUCUCAAGAUACCGGGUAUGAGUCAGAUGUUACAGAUGUUGGUCAUGAAAGGCUGUCUUCACCAAAGAGGUCUACAAAUACAAACCCCAAAACAGGAACCAACAGUUCUGCAAUAUCCUCGGAUUGGAAUAACUCUAAAUCAAUAACAAAUCUGAAAGUAACGUGUACAGACCAAUAUCGGGUUUUCGAAAGUAUUCCCAUCACAUCAGAAGAAAAUUCAUUUAAAGUACCUAAGCUUCCUCCUGUGAAAAGGCCACCGACUCGACCCAAAAGAUGUGAUGCAACCUCGACUGUAAAAACCAACUCAAGUUCGUCCGGGUCUAGCUAUUGCAGCAGUACUACUAGGAUAGUUGACCAAAAUAGUGCUAAACGUGGAGGAUCUGAGCAUGAUUGUGGCUCAAGCAGUACUACAAGACUGAAUCCUAGCAGUGGAUGGGGGGUGGGUCGACAGAGAAAAGUCAGUGACUCGAGGGGAAAGAAGUUGACAAUUAGCGUUCCUUCGCAGCCCACUAUUGUUAUUGCGGAUGAUGAUGGUUUAUCGAUAGUAGCAUCUUCAUUGGGUGGCGACCAUGAUGUGGGGAAUCUGAACGAUCUACGAAGUAUGAACGAUUGUGAAAUAAAGUCAGAAGCAGAUGAGCAUAAUAAAGAGGAAAGCUUGUUAGGAGAGAAACGACCAUUUAUUGAGAACUGGGUGGAAGACGUGAACAGCACUGUACCAACGGAGUGGAAUGGCGCACCGCCUGCACACUGGAGUUGUCCCCAGACUUUGAAUUUUAUUCCGCCUGAACCGAAGCAGACAGAUAUACAGAAUAAGAAUAAUUCAGUAGUACCUAAUCACCCUGUGCUGAAAAAUAGAGGCAAGGUUCAGUUCAAAGAUGUACCUCAGAUAUUAUUUGGCGUAUGUUAUUUCAAGUUUAUAAAUGGAGCUUGCACGCGCUCAGCUUGCAAGAGACCCCAUGAAGCCAGCCAAGAAGUUUACGUGAAGAAAUUCGAGAAAGCCUCGCCUAGUGUUGUGGUGGAGGCUUACAGAUUUGUAAAAUCACUAGCCCAGUGUGAAAACUAUCUAUUUUAUAAGGGUACCUAUCGUAGUUUUUUACUGGCAUUCGGUCACCAUAAGCUGCAAAACGAACUAAUAUCUUGUAUACAGGACUUGUUCAUGCUGCAGCAUUGUCUAGACGUUGAAGACGGGAUAGAAUAUGUACUGAAAGGGAUGCAACGUUGUGGUUUGGCUUUUCUAGAGGCUGUAGAAAAAAUAUCGUAUAACGUCGGUUUUAUGCAAUAUCCUCGUUUAGCCGACUAUUUGCUUCAGUUGAUGUCGCGGCAAUCGCAACUGAAAAGUAAUUGGGAGGUGAUGAAAAGACUGAUAAAGGCUCGUGGUUAUAUUUCACCACAGUUGGCUUCAUGUAUAUUACUGAAAGCUACUAAUAUCUAUCCACCGGAUAAAAAUAUUUGCAAAGAUGUGUAUACAGUCAUUGUCGAACAAAAAACGACAGAUCUGUCACAGUUGGAGUUGAAAUACUUGAUUCCUAUUCGAACGCUAGUGAACGCAUCAGUGUCUAAAGAGUCAACUAUAAUUCCAAGUGAGGGUCAGGAGUUAGUGCCAAGUCCCCCUGAAGUUCUGAAUCAACAUAUCAACGUUAACCUCCAUAGGCAGCGAGAGAUAUUCGAGAAAAGCCACUCCCCGGAGGAUGCUGGUAUAGAUAAAAUGUACAGGUCUCCGCCUGGGCUAAUGCAUUUAUUUAACGCCCCACCUCCAGCAUUACCGAGAUUCAUCAGUCCCCCUCGAACAGCUCAGCUAUUGUUCACCUCUCCCCCUCCAGCAGUUCCAACCAAAGUGAAAAGGCGUUCCUUUUCAUCACGGUCGAGUAGCAGCAGUAGUAGCAAUAGCGCACAUGGCAGUACAAUUGAGCCCAGCAACUCCAGCUAUUAUGUUCCGGAAGCUGUACAAAGGAUAAUACCAGUACAAGAAGUCGAAGUCUCUUUGACCCCAGCGCAUCCUAUAGUGGGCAAGGCUAACUAUCGGCCUGACUACCAAAUGGACAAGUCCCUGCAUAAUCUGAUCCCAGAGAGUCUUGAUCACAUUGAUUUGAACGAAUCUGACGUCACGAAAUUGAAUGAUGCUAUUAUGUUCACGGACGCGGAAACGUUCCUUGAACUGCUGGAGAAGUACAAAGGGAAGCCUACUGUCAAAAGAUUCAUCACCAUGGCGGUAGCACACUUGAGGAAUAGUAGUAUGGCUCACAAAGCUUUUAUGGAUCUUGUAAAUGCUAUAGGUGAAAUCAAUCCAGGAUUUGUGACAACCCCUUAUAUUAAAGGAAUAAUAGAGGUGAUAGUGUUUAAUUUACUGCACACGCUGGGAAAGAAGGGAUAUUGGAAAGAAGCUGCAAACAUGGUAGCAAAAUUUUGUGACUGGGACAGCCUCGUUUCCUCACAGUUCUUGCAGGUUUUUCCAUUUACAAUGACUCACAUGGGGCGAUAUAUCUACCUGGCGAAAAUUCUCGUUACUGGUGAGAAUUUCCGGUUUGCCUAUGAAAUUCUGCAAUGUCCAACUCUCCAUCUACUGGAUAAAACUGAAGAAUGGCCAUAUCCUAAUCACGCUGUGCGUGAUCUUCAAUUCAGAAACGAAGUUUUAACAGACUUUUUUGAAAAAGGUUAUCAGCAUAAUUUUAUGGUUGUCUUGGAUUUGUAUCGCAGAAUUUUCACGUACAGCGAUAUUUAUUGCUUUAAUACACGCCAGACCUUCAUUAUGAUGAUGAUAGAUUUGAUAAACAGAGCCAAACUAAACGAUCUGAGUCAAUUGGUAGAGGAUAUUCAAACAUUUGCCAAUCAAAUGGAUAACCAUAUACUACGAGCUUAUACAGCUGUGAUGACAAGAGUUUUAUCGUUGACAGUGAUCAUUAGACUGUAUGAGAUUUGUUGUGAUAGGAAGAUUUAUCCCAUUUUUCAGGGAACUGAGACUGUAAUACAGCUGUACAACAACCUGUUGGACGAAGAAAUAUACCUGAUUCUGCUCGCCUACAUUCGAAAGCUGGCCGCUAAUCAUAGGUUACCACCAACAGAUGUCACCAUCAAAAUCCGCGUACCUGACGCACAUCCGCCGUAUCCUGCCGUCAUAAAGAUAGUGCGAUGUGUCAAGGACAUCAAUAUCGUGAUUAGGAACAUUCUGAAGGAUAAAUUCAAUAUCGUCGCCAAGGACGAAUAUGCUCAGUCCAGUUCCGCUUGCAUUGUGAUAUCGUUGGACGAAAUACAGAGGUAUAAAUCGAACGUAGAACUCGUUUUAGCUUAGGGUGUUUUUAUUGCAUUGUCGGUGUGAAGUUGCUUGAAUUGACCAAAAAAGCAUAGGUUUAUUUAAAAGGAUUUUUAUAAAAAUAUUUUUUUUCAAAUUAUGAAAGACAUGUUAGAUACUGACUUAGUUAUUCCUACGCAGCGUAUCAUGACGUUAAAGGUAAAAUUUGGCAAGCACACCUCGACGUUGAUCUUAAGUUCUUCUGAGAUACAAACGCUACUACUGAAGAUCAGUAUUUGUCAGUCAGUCAAGUGUAUGAAUACUAAUUGGUAAUUGUCAUUGUCAUGGUCGACAUUGUUGGCUUCAUCCUCACUCUAUGAGUUUAACCUCCUAUCUCUAGUCUUCGUGAUAUUAAGUUUGUAUGUCUAAGCUGAUUUGAGGUUAUGUGCUUUUUGUUUCGCGUGUUAAGGAUUUUAGGAGAAAUGGAUUCGGUGACAAUAUAGCUUAAAAAAAUGGUAUGGCGCCGUUGAUACUCAUAAAAAUCUUACGGCGACUUGUCUCUAGUUUUCCAUUGUGGAAGGACAUCCUGUAAAAACCAACGUGUUGGUGCGCAACAUGUUAAGAUAUAGACUGACAAAAGAUUAAAAAAGUUCUUGAUAUCUGUUUCAAGAUGAACGCUUGCUUUAUGAAAACUUAAUCUCAAAAUUGCGAGAUUCCCUUAUGUGAAUGUCAUAUGAUCUUUAUUUACUGUGAUCCAUCAUGGAAAGUUAUAUUUAUUCACCGUGCAGCUUGGACGUCGUUAGUUAUUGAUGUACAGGGUGACCGGUAAAUAGUACCACAAAAAAUAGGGACGAUAGGCGAAGGGGAGAUCUACAACAUACCAAAAAAUGACCCUAGUACAAGUUUUACUGUCUUUGGGAUAUUAUUUUUUUUUUCUCUUUUUUUAAUCUAUCUUUUAUUGCUGUGCCUAAAAAUAACAGGAUAUUUGUUUUUUCUUGCAAAAUAUUCUCAGAUAGUUGGUCUGCCAUUUAAAAUACUAUCUUCCAUAAAUACAUGUAGUUAAACUUGGCAAACUAAUUUCAUCUUCGUAAUUUUAUUUUAGAAAACUAUUUUACUCAACUUUGGUAUUUAUCAAUGAAAUAAAAAUGUACUAGACUGCUACUGCAAAGUACUGCGAUAAAUUACCUGCUUAGUCAGCAACAAGAGGUAGAUCAAACGAAAAAGACAAAAAAAAUCAAUAUCUAAAAAACAGUGGAACUUUUACUAGCGCCAUUUUUUGUAUGUUGUAGAUCUGCCUUUCGCCUAUCUUCCCCAUUUGUUUGUCGUACUAUUUACCGGACACCCUGUAUAAGGUUACAUAGAUAUCAAUUGUCACUGACGGAUCGAUCAGUGAAUACUGAUCGUCUGGAUUCGCCCUAAAAAGAAACGUGGGAAGGAGUUCAGCAAGGGGCGUCAGUCGAGGCCCUCAGCAAUUUCAUGAUAUCUUCAAAAUUGAGGCAAUAUGUACGAGAAAAGAAACUUGUAAUGUAGCAACACGUGAUAUCUACGGUGGAGGAGUGUUUUGCUAUAGUCGUACAAAUUUUGUAUCAAGAGGUUAUUGAAAUGCUGGAUCACUGGUUAAACAAUAUCAAUUAUGUUGGAAUGAAGUACAAAUAUAACACAUAUCAAUUAAGUCUAUAUUUGCCUGUUUGCAACAGUAUUCUAAAUCCAAGUGGUUAUUUUUAUUCUUAUCACUUUUUCUCUUCGAAACAUCUUUACUUUUCUUGAAAACUCAACUUGCUGCGAGACGAGGCUUCAAUAAAAUCAAAGAUUUUUCGGAAAGGAAAAGUGAUAAGAACAAAACUUGUUUCAUUUUCCCAUAAAAGAGGAAUAUUCACACACAAAUUCAGAGCUGUACUUAUGUUUGUUAACAACCGAUUGAAGAAAAAUGCACAAAAAAUGCAUUGUUUGAAAAAAAAUGAAAACAUUGUUUUUUAGUCAUCUCUAUACACACCAUGAAAUUAUCAGAUGAAAGGGAUUUAGAAUACUGCCGCACACAGGUAGUUGAAAAAACUUCUAAAAAACGGGACUUGCUACCUUAAAGGUGGAGCAUAGGGAUUGACAUUCCUAUAGCCUCCCGAAUUCGUAUCCCUUAUCGUAUUAUUAACGUUUCAUGGUACACAUAACAUUUAUUUUGAGGAUUAAUAGUUAAUGUUUCUAGACAUCUUUGUGUAGAAAUGGUUGCCUUAUAAUUGGUGGGGGCGUGAAUUUGUGAGGUAUUUUAGAGCUCUGAUUAACGCAUUGUACCUGAAGAUAGCCAACCUAAUGCUAUAAAAAAAAAUUAUCCGAGAUAAAAUGAGAUCCUGUAGCGUUAUCGAUGAGAAUUUUUCUCAUGUUCCUCCUCUUCGCAAUAAUUAGGAAUCUACUUUAAAAAAGGUAGUGGCUCAUAGAUGGCACUGUAGCCGAGGAUAUAGCUAGAUUGCCAUCUAUGAAACACUAACUUUUUCAACGUAUACUUCUACAUAUUGUGGAGAGGAGAAACAUGUGGCAAACUGUGACGAAUUCUCAUAGGUGGCGGUAGAGUAUAUCAUUUAAUCUAGGAUAAGUUUUCAUACGCGCGAAUUUAGUGUUAGGUUGACUAACUUCAAGUAGAAUACGUUAUUUAUUAUAGACGGGCCAAUGACAUGCCUCACUAACAAUUAUCAUUCCUAUUUAAGUUGCAACACAGCAUUAUAUGUUGCAAGAGCAUUCACAAAACGUUCUUAGAACAGAUAUACAAGCUGAACGGGCACACCUAAGAGGACACUUUAGUCACUUAAGAGGUUGUAUACGGUGCGUGAAUUUGUGAGCUAUAUUAUAAAUUAUCCGAGAUAAAAUGAGAUACCGUAGCGUCGUCUAUCAAAAUGUUUCACAACUUUUUCUCUAUUUACUAUAUAUACUUUGAAAAGAUGGCGCUUUAGUCAUUUCAAGUAGAAUACGCAAUCAAUGGUUAUAGGUCACAGACAAAGUACAUAGACAGUUUGUAAGAAUCUGACUUGAAAAUAGCAAGAUGCAUGCCUCCAUUUUUCUUGUUCUCGUUUUUCCAUUUUUUGAGUCGACUAGCCAAUCUUCAUUUUUCCAAAACAUAUUUUCAUCUCAUUACCUACCUGGUGUAUGCACCCACCUUUAAUAGAGGAACGUGACUCUAUAGCAAGUACUAAAUUAAUUAUGCUUUGUGAUAUUUGCUUAAUAAAGGUUUCUAUAUCUGAGUAUAUCAUCUAUAGCCACUUGCAUUUAUGUUAUGGGAUAAUUUUUUUAAACCGAACUCUGAACAUUUUACUUCCUCCUCUUAUGAGGUAUUUGGAAGAUUAUACGUCAUUACAUGUUGCGUAGGAUUAUUUGUGAUCAAAUCGGUUGAAGCAAUUGGUUAAAUAAUUGUAUGUACAUAGUUAUAUUGAUACAAUUCAAAUGAAAGGUUAUAUAAAAUGCAUCAGUACUCAUUGCAUUUUUGUAUGCAUGACUCGAGAAAAAGCCACUUCAUAAUAAUAUGAAAUGUGCCUUUUCUGAAUCUGCAGUGUGAUGAUUCAACAAUUUUUUAAAUCCAAACUGGUUACCAAUACCUUACAUCGAUUUUUAUGAAAAAUUUGUGGAUAUCUCACUUAGGUGGGGGUGGGUGGGUUUUUUUUUUCAAUAUUUUCUAUGGAUGAAAAUAUUGAGUAAAGUAUUCUACCUGAAGAUAGCCAACCAAAAAAGAGUAGCAGAACACAAAAACGAAUUUAGAAAUUUAGUUUGAAAAUACUAGUUUGGUUCUGCUACUGUCUCACAGAUGACGCUAGUAUCAUCCAAAUCCUCUUUUGGGCGCCAGGAUACAUGGUUGACUAUCUUCAGGUAGAGUAUAUUUUUAGUCAUUGAUGAAAACCAGGUUGGUUGUUCUGUUUUUUUCAUGUUCAACAUUUAGGUUAAGUAGCACAGUUGCGCUUUUGCAGUAUAUAAUUUUCUCUGGAAUAGUCUCAUGCUGGGUUGCAUAAAAUUUUACUUUAAUUUUUUUAAAAUUGUUUGCAUAAUUCUUUGACUAUCCAAUUUUAUAAAACAGUAUUUAAAAAAUAUUCUCUGCUUACAAAUGAAAGAGAGCAUUCCACCUACUAUGUAAAAUUUGAAGUGUGCCCAAUUCGAAUAUCUAAUGAGUUCUGUUGAAUUUUAUUUCUAUAUGUGUGGGUGGGAAAUGUUUUAUAAACAUUACUAUCUCAAAUUAUGGAUGACUGAAUUGAAUCUCUACAAUUGCUGUUAUGCCUGACACAGAUGUCAGUUUUUUGUAAUGCUUCGUGUACUUUGUUCCUGCACUCCUGGUUGAUUUAUUUAAAUUAUUUCAUAAAUAUAUACAGGGUGAUUCACAAGUCGUGACCAAAAAUGAAACAAAAUACACAGGUCCGCAUUUUAAGGGGGUCUGCUAUUUUUCCUCAAGGACUUCAUUAAAAAGAUAUGGGAUGUUGAAGUUUAAAAAUAAAAAACACAUUUGUAAUUUUUACGAAAACAGUGCAAUCUAGGAAAAAACACAACAGUAAUUAUUUGUAGCAAAUUAUAGGUAAAAUCCCAAACAUUGCGCAUUUCGAAAAAAACUGGCGUACCAUUUUUAUUUGGAAAAAUAAAGCCACUAAUCCCCUGUAUCUCCGCCACUGGUGCACGUUAAUUUUCAGUAAAGACUUUUGAAUGUGGACAAUACUUAGGUAAAUCCAUAUACCAAAUUUUAGUUCGUUUCAGUUAACGGUUUUGAAGAAUUGUUUUUCAUUUUUGAUGAUGUUUCACUUGUUAAUCACCCUGUAUCGUAUUACAUGCAGAUCUCAUAGAAAAAACACAUAAAAAACAGUUUGUUUUCUAAUAUGUGAUUAGAUAAAUUUCUGAAGGAAAAAGCGAUUAUACAACUAUAACAGCUUCCAGCUCUAUCAUAAUUAUUUCAUGGUUGUUAUAUUCUUUUCAUUUGUAUGUACUGAAGCUAAGGUUCAAAACUAUUGUAGGGAUUUGUGAUGACUAUUACAAUAUCAGUCUGAUACAUUUUGUAAAAUUGUGAUAAAUUUUAUUUAAUGGUCAAGACAUGGUUUACAAAUCCUCUAGUUACCAAAGAUUUACUUUAUCUAGCCCUGUGCGUUGCUCUUGUCAUAUUGAAAUGUCCUGUUUGUUAUACAUAAACAUGGAUUGAGUUGUCAAAGUAAAAGGUCAUCGGCCAUAUUUUGGCGUCAACAUUGCUAUCUUGUCCAUAUUGGAUACAAAAUUUGGUCUAUGGUGCAUUUCAUUCAAGGUCUGCCAGCAGCAUUUGACAGACAAUACUUCCAGACAAAUAUGUCUGUUUGCUGUGCUGAAACACCCUGUAUUGAUGGUGACAAAACUCUCCAAAUUGGAUACUUUGAUGUGACCAUGUCUGAACUGUAUUGUUAUUUUACCAUUAAUUUUGUUGGAAUUAACUUUAAAUUUUCUCACUUAUUUUUUGAUUUUGUGCCCUCGAGGUGUUAUUUUAUCAAUGCAAAUUUUAUUUAGUGGGCGGUUCUGUAAAUUGUCAAUGUACAUAAAUGAUUGUUGAUGAGUUACUUUUGCUUAAUUAUAAUUGUUGGAUGAAUUGUUGUUUUUUUUGUUUUUGAGAAUUUAUGAUACAUUACAUUAAUGUAUAGAACUAAUAUUAGGUUGUACUUAUUGCUAUUUUUCUACUGUGGAAAUACA